UUUUUGUUAGAAUUGAUUUACAAAAUGUUUUUUAUGAAAUCGAACUAUAAUUACUAAUCAUAUUUCAUAAAUAAUACAAAAACGGAAGAACUUUCAAGAUUCAAUUAUGUCUGCGAGUGCCAAGAAAAAUAAUAAUAAACGUAACGAAGAUAGGCAAUACAUUAAAACAUCUGAGAACCAACCGAAGACUUCAUUUGAAAUAAUUGGAACUGCAUUGUCAUGGUUUAUUGUGAUAAUCACUUUUCCCAUCUCAAUAUUUAUAUGUUAUUUUCGAGUAGAUGAAUAUGAUCGAGCUAUAAUAUUUCGUCUCGGCCGCGUUAGAAAGAAUGCUCGAGGACCAGGCUUGGUCUGGCAUUUGCCAUGCAUUGAUAGUUACCGAUUGGUGGAUCUUCGUACCAGGGUGGAAGUGAUACCCUCUCAGGAUGCGAUUACUAAGGACUCAGUAACUAUUAGUAUCGAUGCUGUUCUUUUCUAUUGUAUUAAGGACUCGAUGCAUGCCACAAUUCAGAUCUCAAAUGUUCACGAAUCAACUUUGUUUAUUGCACAGACAACAUUGAGGAAUAUGGUCGGAUCCAUGACACUGCAUGAGUUGCUCAUAUCCAGACAAAUAUUGUCUGAGAAAAUUACUAGGUCUGUGGAUCAUACGACCGAAAAGUGGGGAGUCAAAAUUGAACGAGUUGAAUUAAAGGACAUAAAUUUGCCUGACAGUCUGCAGCGCUCAUUAGCAUCCGAGGCUGAAGCACUUAGAGAUGCUCGUGCUAAGAUUAUAUCUGCAGAGGGCGAACUAAAGGCUUCGCAAGCACUAAAGGAAGCAUCCAAUGUGAUGGCUGAAAACGAAAUUACUCUCCAGUUACGCCAUUUGCAGACAUUAUCAUCGGUAGCUCAAGAGCACAAUCUUACUAUAGUAUAUCCAUUUCCCAUGGAAAUGAUGUCAGCAUUUACAAAUAGUGGUGGAGAUGUUCCCAAAAAGGAUACAGAUAAAUUCAGCGAUAUAUCGUCGCGUGAUGGUUCGAUUUUAUUUUCAUCUCUGGUAUCAUCAAUUUUUAGAAGAACUCCUGAAGAGAUAACCCCAGCCACUUCGCUUAUUAAUAACAAUAAUGCAGAACAUCCAGAAGUUAACGCCGAAAAGAAAAUUGUUCCCAAUAUAAUUGAAUACAAGUUGGAUGGCAACGCUAAGUCAACCCAAACUGACUUUCCUAAGUAGAUGUAAAAAUGGAUACCAAGGGUCGUUUCCGGCUCAUUUAGAAAACAAAAGCAAGCGCAAAUUACUUGAACUGACAAUAAUAAAUUAUAUGUGAUUUUAUUAAAGAAAA